AGAGAGUGUACUUGACUACUUUUCUUCAAAACAUCUUCUGGAUUAAGCAUUUAUUUACGUUCGUUUGGAUAAUCCGAAUAAAAAUGGGUAUAAAAUGACAGACUCGGCAACACUGCCUAACGGCGCUAACCGUCGCCGUCGCGCCGCCGGCCACGACGUCGACGUCCGACGUCGCCGCUUCGCGUCCGUUCAGUCGUGUCAACAACGCGUCUCGUAAAGUACGCGUCAAGCGAUUCACAAGCGAUCCGCGCACAUGUGCUGUCUACGAAGCGAACGCGACCGCACUGCGACUUUACAUAACACGCCAUAGAAACAAACGAAGUACGUAACACGCGGGAAACGGCCUACUGGAUUAUUUGACGAGUUACGCAUUUGUUUCAACCCCUUUGUCGAUUUUGUUUAGUGGUUUCGGAUUUUGCCGCGCAACAGGCGGGUAUAAGACACGUACACUACGUUAUGUAACUGGACUUGAUUUGGGUGGAUGGCAUCCGUUUGUGGACUACUUUGAAGAUAUCAUUUCUGUCUCGCAGAAGUACAAUUUGUUGUCCAAGCUACGUGUGCUCACCCUCGAAGUGCCAUAACAAUAAUCAUCGGUGAUAUUGCAUAACGCCGGUUGUCAAAAGUGAUCCGCCCGGCCAAACACAAAAGAUUGCGCAAGCCACGUUAAGGGAGGGGGUAAAAAUCAAUAUCCACCCUCCCCGGACCGACAGCGACCACGUGCUGUGCUUAUGCCGGAGUUGUGAAGUUGUGAUCAGUUGGAGAUGCACCGCGUUACAGACGGCAAUGACUUCUUCCGGAAAUACCCGGAAUUGUUUACCUCUCUGUCGUCUCCGGCGCGACUCAAGUGCGAAGGAAGAGUACUGAGGAAGGACACGGAACGUGCGAGGAGGAUACGCAAGUACCGGAGGCAGCCGAAUUACAGGAGAAAACAGUUCGAGGCAGCCUUCUUCCGCACCAUGGACCAAAAAACCGAGCUUUUCACGUGUCCAGUGUGUCGACAAAUCUUGAAAGGCGCAAUUACUGUUGAAUGUGGACACACCUUAUGUGGAGAGUGUUUAGAAAGAAGCAGAAACAGUUGCAAAGUGUGCGAAGCGGACUUAGAGGGGGGAAAGAGGUGCGUCAACGUUCUCGUGCAAGACCUGGUGGAGAAAUGGAGGGAAAGGAAUCGAAAGGUGCAAGAUACUGGUCCAAAAGUUCCUGAAACGGUAGAUAUACUAGGAGUGGAGCCAAGGUAUCAUCUGAGGUCAGGAUAUGCUGGUCUCCAGAUAAACAAGGCCAUUGAAGACAGGAUAAUGGGACUACUAGACGCAGGAGUCGACAGGUUUUCAAAGUACAAACAUAAAAGGAUAUUGAAAAGCAGCAACCUUUCAAAUUCUUACUGUAACGGUUACAAAUGGCUGGAUGAGGAAUGUUUGAGAAAAUGUGAUCAGUUUGAAGAUACUCUUAGGAACGUAUUUAAAGAAGUGGAUUAUAUCAAAGAUGAGGCCUUGAAACAUUCUUGGGACUGCAUAUCAAUUUCUGACCUAGAAUGUAUUUUGUGCAGUAGAUGUCUUUUGGAUCCUGUUACUACCGGCUGUGGGCACACGUUCUGCAGGGGCUGCCUGACACGAGUUUUAGACCACGGACUAUCUUGUCCUCUAUGCAUGGCUUCACUGAACGUGAGCGAUUACUCAAGAGGAACCACAGAAGUGCUUCAACAAGCCAUUCAAUUUCUGAUACCAGAUGACUUCAGUGAAAGGGUUUCGCUUAGUAUUAAGGAAAAUCUUAUGCUGGAAAGGAGUUCUGAUCUCCCAGUAUUCAUAUGCAUCAACGCCUUCCCAGGAGUUGCAUGCCCCCUAUACGUCUACGAACCCCGCUACAGGCUUUUGGCACGACGCUGUCUUCGAUCCAGUACGAAAAGGUUCGCAAUGGCCGGCAGGGCCCCUGCCAGCAGCGGAGAGCGAUUUGCUCAAGUAGGCACAGUUCUAGAGAUCAAGGAUGCUAUAUCGUUGCAGGAUGGCAGGUUCAUACUGACUACUGUGGGAAUGCGGAGGUUUAAGGUGUUGGCUAGAAGUGAACAGGAUGGUUACGAUACAGCAACAGUACAAUACAUUUCUGAUGCUGUAACUUCUGCCGACAAGUUACCGGAGCUUCAAAACCUGCACGCCAAAGUUCAUGCCAAAGCGUUUAGGUGGAUUCGGUCAUUAAAACCUAGAGUUUUGGCAGAAGUUGAACGACUAAUUGGACAAAUGCCUAAAGUAGAAGAACAGUGGUGGGAGAAACCUGAUGGACCAAUGUGGGCUUGGUGGUUAAUGCCCAUAUUACCACUGAGCUCUCAACUACAGAUCGGCUUUCUAAGCACCACCAGCUUGGAAAAACGACUGAGAGCCAUUGACAAGAUGCUUGAACAUAUGAAGAUCCGUAUGAGAGCUUUGGAAAGGAACACAGUAACCUGUUCUGAGGAUGUCGACACUAUGGAUACCUGCUCUGAAGCUGAGAGAUCUUUUGAGCUACCAUUUACCGAUGGGUGAAGUUACUGAAUUAUUUAGAGGCAAAGAUGUACUCUUCUUUUCUAAUAACGUCAAAUUUAAGAUUCUCUUAGACCAGAGAAUUAUUUUUUACCCAAGGUUGAAUCAAAGAUACCCCAUCCUACUGUCAAACAGAUCGUCGCCUAAAUUUACCUAAAUCGUUGAGUUAGUGCAAAAACCAGAUAAAUUAUAAAACGAUUUUUUUAACGAAAUAAGAUUGUACAAAGCGCCAUCUAUUAUAAGAAUUGCCUACUGUGACAGUGACACUGUCUACUAUCUAGUAUGGCACAAUAUCGGCGGCAUCUUGCGACCACAGUAGUGACCCGGCUAACAAUGUGAACAGGGAUACAGUUCCAACAGACAGCUUUCUGUUUUCACUGUCGCAGUGGUCGAUUCUGGUAAUAGAUGGCGCUUUGCGUUAGCUUAUUUCGAUAAACCUUAUACUCUGAAUAGAGUCGAGCUGUUCAGCUUUCGUUCAUUGUCCACCGAUACGUAGCCUACACCAUGCUGAUGAGUAGCCAAAUAGCACGAAACAGCAGUCCAUGGUUGGCCGUCUGUGGUCGGAUGAACGAAAGCGAUAUUACUAGUUUACGAAUUUUAUAAUAAUUGGCACUUACAUGUCGACAACCCUUGAUAAAGAACGGGGGCGUGACAAUUUAAUUCAAAUGCAAAAUUAGAAAGAAAAUAAGGAAACAAGUUCUAUUCAAAUACAAAGUUUAUCCGUAACAGGUAUGAGUUUGAAAAUGUUUCAUUUCAAAACGUAAAAAAUGGAUUUGUCUUGUUUUUGCAGUAAGUUGACGAAUUACGCAUUACGUGUUUCUUGGAAGCAAUUUUGAAUAUAACUCAAGUCAGCAUAUUAUUAACAAACUACUCAUGCUGAUCAUACACAAUUGGAAGCAGAUUUAAUUCUUAUUAUGUGUCAUACAGUUCAACAGCCAAGGCACUUUGUUGGGCAAAUAGUCCUUCCCUACAGUUUUUCGCAUUUUCUAGAAAUUCAUAAGCUGUUAAACUUAAAUUGAAUACGCUAAGGCAACUUUUAUACCAAAGAGGGCUAGCACUCACUGGGGAUGGCAUACCGUCUAAGAGCUGCCGCAGCAUGUUAACGCGUUCCUCCGCGGCAGUAUGGGAAAUAAAAAUCUCUCCUUAAAGGGAACGGUGUGGGAUCCCACUGCUGGAGACUUUAUCAUUCCGCGGGAGCUCUGGUUGCCGGACUAUAGAAACCGUCGUAAGCUUGCGGUCUGCCACGAGAUGCCGACUGGUACUCGUGACAUCGCGGGAGUUUUUCUCUUCAGUGUGCCGCGCCGAGAGACAAAUGUUUUUUAGCGCUCUCCUCUACCAUCUCAAGGAGUGCUUUGGCACUUUUAUGAGCAACUUUCACGAAUUCAAAAAUUUGCACAACAAAUUAAAUUCUCUUGAAAGAAGCAUCACCAGAAUGUUUAAUAACAACUUGAUAAUCUAUCUGCUUCUCUAUUUCCCUUGAUGAAACGUAUAUGUGAUCACUUCCAAACAAUUUUCUCUGCAGCAGGUCAUUAGUGACCUUUCCUCCAAUUUAAUAUGUCUCGUACAAUCAUUUUACUUAGGAUAUUUUGGACUACAUGUACUGUAGUUGGUAGAACAGCAACACUUUUACAUUUAAGGUUAAUAUUUAAGAUGAUAUUGAAGUGAAGCAUGUAUCAAAAUAUAUGGUUCGCAUUUUUUGAACUAUCAAUUUUUCUGGCUUAAUAGCAGUGUCCACAAACAGGUUCCAUCAAAAAAAAUAUGAUAUCUUUGUCGCAUAUUAUCUUACAAGCAGGCAAAGCUUAUUUUAUAUUUUUCUUCUAAUGUAGCUAAGUAAAAGUCAUUAAGUGGGCCUGUACAUUUGAAAGGAAUGGUUAAAAUUUUAUAUUAUAUUAGAACCAGUAUAUCUUGAUGCACACUGAAUAUUCUAGUUUUCUUAUGUGUAAAUGAAAAUAUAUUUGACCAAAAAUUUAUUUAUUUUUUUAUGGAAUAACUAUUUUAUUUUUAUUGAUAAUGCGUUAGAACGCAUAAGUAUUUUUUAUUAUUUAUAAAUUUUAAGCUUGGUAUGUUUGUAUUCACGCCUAGCGCAGUUGCAGU